AUUAUGGAAGAAAUUAGUGAAGAAAACACGAAGAUCCAAGAUUCAGAGCACAAAGAUCCAGACCAAUGAGAGGAGACAGAGAAACAGCUAUGCAUAUAUUAUGAUGAAAGAGCGAAGUUACAUCCAGAUAAUCAUGAAGAAAUUCAGUUGAGGUCCCAAUUUAUAUGGGAUGCACUUGCUGAAAAUAAGCUCCUGAAAUCUGACAGAGUUCAUUUGUCAUGCUUCAAUCAAAUUGAAGUUGAAGAUCUUACUCAAGUUCAUACAACUUCUCUAGUUCAAAAAAUUUUAUCAGCUGGGGAGCUAAAAGACGGUGAAACAUCCAAAAUGUUCGGUGAAGAAAAUACUGAGAAUAAGCAUACUCCUGAAUGAGCGAGACUUGCUGCUGGAAGUUCUCUCCAAGCAAUGAAAGAUGUGGUGACAUCUCCAUUUACUCCCAAGGCUGCAUUCUCUUUGAUGAGACCUCCUGGUCAUCACGCUACAGAAGGACAUGCAGAUGGAUACUGAUUUUUUAACAAUGCAGCUAUUGCUGCUCAUUUUGCAAUCAAAAGUUACAAUCUUAAACGUGUCUUGAUACUUGACUGGGAUGUACAUCAUGGAGAUGGAACUCAAGAAAUAUUUUAUGAAUCAUCAAAAGUCUUCUUUAUGUCUGUUCACAGAUGGGAAAACGGAAAAUAUUUUCCUUAUAAGGACUGCUCAAACUACACCUAUUUAGGCAGUAAGCAAGGAGAAGGAUUCAACCUCAAUGUACCAUGGAAUACCACUGAGGAGGAAGAUGAUCUCAGUGAAAUAGGGACUAAAGAAUACCAAUUUCUUUUUGAGAACCUCUUAUUUGGCAUAAUGGCAGAGUUCGAUCCAGAGCUAAUCAUUGUCAGUGCAGGAUUUGAUUCAGCUAAAGGAGAUCCUCUUGGUCUCCAACAAGUGGACCAUGAGUUUUAUUCUUGGCUUUGAGUAAAUUUACAAAAGAUAUGCCCCAAAAUAGUCAUGGUGAUUAGAAGGAGGCUACUGAAUGGAUACUUUAGCUAAUUGAUCUGUUCUCACUGCUAAAGCUUUGGCAGGGUAUGCACAAGAAUUUAUCAGAGAAGAAGUAACUCAAGAGGAUCUUAUCCCCGAGGCAUUUCAAUCUAUGAUCAACACUGCAAAAGCUCACUCAAAGUAUUGGAAAUCAGCCCAAAACUUCAU